AUGCAUUCACACGUGUAUUUCCAUCUGCACACGUGCGGUCAGAUCACAUUACGAAAGGAGCGCCGUGAUUCCACGUGUGAACCGCAGCCUCUGGAUGACAUGAUUAACAGUGUGACUCUCGGUGAAAACAAGGGAUUAGUCAAGGAGAACCUUUGGGUCAGGAGGGGGUUUAUGCUUCUGGUUGUCUCCUGCUGGUCCGAUGCGGUGUGCCCUCUCCAGUACCAACGUGUGUGGAAAAGCCAAGUCGAGCACCUCCGGAAUCCAUUUUUUCAGGAAGGAGACCAUCUGCGCCUUUCCGAUUUGGUUGCUGUCUGCUUAGCCCAGGAUCCUCUUCAUGACACCUCCACCUUCAGGGUCGGUUUCGCAACCAGUUCAAGGUCAAAUGUCACUGAGGCUAUCGAUGUCACCUCCACGUUUACGGACAUUUUGCCAACCAACCAAGCGUCGACUGAGAGCCAGACUAUCUAUGAGCCUCCCGUCCCAUCAUUGUCCUUGAAGUCACCUUGGUUGGAAGUCUUCCCGUUUGAGAACGUAGAGCUUCGUUGUAGCAUCAAUGACAGCUCAGACUGGAGCUUCAUUUGGUACAAAUCUGGGAAUCUGGUCCAAGAAACAGACCCAAAUUUCUCCUUUAAUUUAUCGUCCGGUGCGGUGCUGACGAUCGUUGCAGCGUCUCCAGCAUACUCCGGAAUGUAUCGAUGUCAAGGUCAUCACAAAGUCAAAGGCAAUUCCAUUAACAGUGAACCACUUCACUUGAAAGUCCACCCAAACAAACCCAGUCCAACUUUGACCCGGAAUCCAAACCUGGAACUCAUGUACCCGGGAGAAUCGGUUACCUUCCGAUGCAGGAUUCAGAUCUCAUCCGGUUGGGAUUAUAUGUGGUAUCAUAAUGACCAGGAAAUCCAAGAAUCCAAUACUUUUAGAGUGGAUUCUUUGGUACCAUCCGAUACUGGACGGUACCACUGCAAAGCCAAGAGAGGAAAAACUCCUUUCUACUCGGAACCGAGUGAAACAUCUACCUUGCAGGUAUCUGAACCACCAACACCGACUCUGAAUCAUGUGACUUCCUGGUUAGAUGUCUUUGAAAACGAGACCGUGGAGCUGACUUGUGAUAUGAACAGCUCUGAUUGGACGUUCGCUUGGCGCAGAAACGAAAAGCCACUCCCGAAAGACCCUGCGCUGGAGUUAAGCGCAGGAGGGUCUCUUCUCAAUAUCACCUCAGCUUCCCAAGUUUUCCAAGGAAAAUAUGCUUGCAAAGCACAACACAAAUCCAGGAAUGUCACCACUGCGUUCAGUAACACUGCAAUUGUUCAAGUUUAUGAAAACACCCCAAAACCAUCACUGAGCAAAGAUCCCGUCUUGAACUCCAUGUACGUCGGAGAAAACACAACGUUCACCUGCAAAGUCGAUGUGGCAAAAGCUUGGGUGUACCGAUGGUACAAAGAUGGAAAGCAGCUUAACGCCACGGAUCGAACCCUCCAAAUCAACCACCUCAGUCCUCACCAUGCAGGGACUUAUCGGUGCCGGGCCACCAGAGGACAAAGAACAUCAACUUACUUAAGUGACCAGAUGACUCAAGAUGUUCUUGAAAUUCCUGUUCCAUCUUUGUCCCUCGGCACUGAAUGGGUGGACGUGUUCCCUACUGAGAGCGUGACACUGAGCUGUGAAAUAACAAAAACUUCUGAUUGGAUGUAUACGUGGCAAAGGGACGGUCAGGCGAUCCAAAGAGAUGCCGGUGUGUCUUUGGGGUCGGAUGGACGGACUCUGUCCAUCGUCUCUGCUUCAUCCCAUCACCAAGGACAAUACAGCUGCUCAGGAAAGCUGAAAAGCAGAUCUGUCAGCAGCGAUUCUUCAUCUGGAGUAGAAAUCCUUGUCUAUGACCACAAACCCCAAAUAGUUCUGGUGCAGGACCCCAACUAUAUUUUAAUGCACGAUGGCGAUUCAGUCUCCUAUAGCUGUCAUGUCAAUGUCUCCUCCGGAUGGGAAUAUCGCUGGUACAAAGAUGACGCUCCACUUCCUGUAUCUGGAAACAACUACACCAUAAGUCCUGUCUCGGUAAGAAACACCGGAUCAUACCAAUGUCAAGCAAUAAGAGGGAGAACCAGCGGUAUCUAUCAGACGCAGCAAAGUGUGCCUUUAAGGCUCCAAGUUGAAGAGCGUCCGUCAGCAAAUAUCGUCGUCUUAACCGGCUGGUCUGAGGUCUUCUCCACUGAUAGUCUGGUGCUCCAGUGUGAGGUCAAAGGAAGUGAGGACACAUGGAACUACACAUGGUUCAGGAAGGGGGACAGGAUUGGGAACUCAUCUUCGGACAAAUACACAGUUACACCCCAAAACGACCCGGAGCAGAGUCAAUACACUUGCCGGGGGAUUCGAACCGGGAGACCCGCUUACUCUUCAGAAAGUUAUUCUCUCACAACAAAGAAUCUUUUGUUGAAGAGGCGGGUUCUUCUUUCAAUAUCCGGGUGUAUCCUCUUUGGAAUUGUCGCCGUUUUCUGCGGAUGCGUUAUUCUAAAAAUUACCAGGAAAACAGAUGACAAUGAAGAUAGGCCGGAGGACGGCGAAAUGUUCCUCACCAUGGCUCAGCUGAAGGAUCGAGUUGAUGUUCCUUGUCUAUUGGUUGAUUACAUCACAGAUACAGAACUCAAUGCGCCAGCAAAAGAAAGCGAGGACAUUAUGUGCAGUGAAACAACGCAGCUACCUGAAAUCAAACAGGAAGACCAGGCCGUGACAACGGAGAGCACUGACACACCAAAGGAAGAUGGCGCUCUGCUUUCCUUUCAACGCUGAACCCCCCCCCUUGACCAUGCAUGCAUUUCAAUUUUAAAAAUCUAUGGAAAAUUGGGUAGUCGAAAUAGAAAAGUCAAACUAUUUAACUCUUGGUGGUGUCAAUAAAAAGUCAAAUAGCGAGUUUGUUUGCUGGAUUUUGGGGGGUAUUCUAAAUAGUAUAUUGUUUUUUUUAAUUGAAAAAUGGCAAUAAAAAAAUUUGAUAUUGAUAAAUUUUUUGAUAAAUUUUUUUAACAAAUUUUUGGAUACAUUUUUGAUAAAUUGAUAAAUUCAUUUCAUCCUGCCUGUAAAUAUUCUCAUUCAUCCAGGUCAUUGAAUCGAUAACAACUUAUCAGACUCGAGCUGUCCUAUCUAGUCAUACUACAGCUGUCCUAGGUUCUCAACGGGAGUGACCAGGAUAGAUAGGAUCAGGAACAAGUACACUUAAUAAGAACAUUACAUGUUAGAGACCCUAGAGAGAGAGAGGCCAGACUGAUGGUUGGGAACUGGAGGUAGCAGAGACGAGGAUGCUGAGGUUCUCAUUGGGAGUGACCAUGAUAGAUAGGAUCAGGAACAAGUACAUCAUAAGAACACUACAUGUUAGAGAACUGGGAGAGAGAGAGGCCAGACUGAUGGUUGGGAACUGAAGGUAGCAGAGAUGAGGAUGCUGAGGUUCUCAACGGGAGUGACCAGGAUGGAUAGGAUCAGGAAGGAGUACAUCAGAGGGACAUUACAUGUUAGAGGCCUUGGAGAGAGAGGCCAGACUGAUGGUUGGGAACUGGAGGUAGCAGAGACGAGGAUGCUGAGGUUCUCAUUGGGAGUGACCAGGAUGGAUAGGAUCAGGAAGGUGUACAUCAGAGGGACAUUACAUGUUAGAGACCUUGGAGAGAGAGAGAGGCCAGACUGAUGGUUGGGAACUGGAGGUAGCAGAGAUGAGGCUGCUGAGGUUCUCCACGGGAGUGACCAGGAUGAAUAGGAUCAGGAACAAGUACACUUAAUAAGAACAUUACAUGUUAGAGACCUUGGAGAGAGAGAGAGAGGCCAGACUGAUGGUUGGGAACCGGAGGUAGCAGAGAUGAGUCAGCUGAGGUUCUCAACGGGAGUGACCAGGAUGGAUAGGAUCGGGAACAAGUACACGUUAGAGACCUUGGAGAUAAAGUCAGUUAUCGGCCAGACUGAGACGGUCGGGACAUGUCCAGAGGAGAGAUAGUGAAGAUAUCGGUAGAAGGUAGGAGGCGUAGAAGAAGACCAAAGAGGAGGAGGUUUAUGGAUGUAGUGAAGGAGGACAUGGAGGUAGUCGGUAGUCGAGAAGACAGGGUUGGACGGAGGAGAUUGAUUUGCUGUGGCGACCCCUGAAGGGUAAAGCCCAAAGAGAAAGAAGAAGAAGAAGAAGAAGAAGAAGAAGAAAAAGUGUAUUUUUUAAACGUAAACACACGGUUCCUCACAUAAACAACAGAUAGAUUAUAUGGAGGACCAAAACUGCCAAAAUAAUAAAUAAAUAAAUAAAUAAAUAAAUAAAUAAAUAAAUAAAUAAAUAAAUAAAUAAAUAAAUAAAUAAAUAAAUAAAUAAAUAAAUACAUAAAUAAAUAAAUAAAUAAAUAAAUAAAUAAAUAAAUAAAUAAAUAAAUAAAUAAA